UGCGGUCCAUGCAAUUUUGGCCUGACGGGUUGCACUUUGCGUUCUCUGUGGUGGAAAUCUACAUACUCCGCAUACUCGGUGCAGAUUUACAUGUAGGUGUACACACGAACACGUACGUACCGCGUCCGGUGAACCAAUACUGCUUGUAUGUAUGCAUCGGCCGGCAAUGUGAGUUCUGCAUAUUGUACGAUUUGGGAGUGCAUUUUGUCAUGAUGCCACAGCGUUGAUAAGCAGAUCUGGUGAUGUGUGGUAUGCCGGUUGCUCCAGGAUGCUCCUCCAUUGAUGUCUAAUCUUUUGCUUUAUCUGUGCGAUUACAGCUCUACAAUACGGUCUGUAUUCUGGCAGUGUUUGUGCCUGGACCCUGUAUUAUCAACAUGAGGAUGCUAAAGCCGUUCAGUGACCACUGAUAAAAAAAAAUGUGACUUUAGAGUACAUGUGUGUAUAAAUUUUACCGUAGUGUGCACCAGCCAUGGAAAUGUUGACUCGGCGUAAAUUUGCAUACACGCCGGGAUAUUUUAUGAACAUUUACCGGUAGGUCUUUGUGUUCUGCUCGCGUCUGCUUUUCCACCAUUGUAUUCACCGAUUCUGACAUCGCCGACGUUCCUCAGGAAUUGCUAACAAUGUGAGAACUGCAGAGCUUGACCUUAUUGUUGGAUUUCUUGACAAGUGAGCGACCAUUUUGGUCAGUCUGGGGUCGCUAUGGGAAAACCUUCGAAAAACCCUGCUGUGGUCCGACCCGCCAGGCCCAGUAAAAUUCAGAACAUGAAGGCUGAUCCCGAACAGCUCUUUGCCAAGUUGGAACGCAUCGGUAAAGGUUCCUUCGGUGAGGUCUUCAAAGGUAUCGACAACCGGACCAAGCGCAUCGUGGCCAUCAAGAUUAUCGAUUUAGAAGAAGCCGAAGAUGAGAUUGAAGAUAUUCAACAGGAGAUCACGGUGCUCAGUCAGUGCGAGUCAGCCUUCAUCACCAAGUACCAUGGAUCCUAUCUCAAGGGUAGCAAGCUAUGGAUCAUUAUGGAGUACCUCGGCGGGGGAUCGGCCCUGGAUCUCCUCAAAGCAGGCAAGAUGGAUGAAGUCUUCAUCGCGACGAUACUCAGAGAAAUACUCUUAGGUUUGCAGUAUCUGCACAUGGAAAGAAUGCUUCACAGAGAUAUUAAAGCUGCAAACGUUUUACUGUCGGAAAACGGCGAUGUAAAGUUGGCGGAUUUCGGUGUCGCAGGACAACUGACAGACACGCAAAUGAAAAGGAACACAUUCGUCGGGACGCCAUUUUGGAUGGCACCUGAGGUCAUAAAGCAAUCGGCCUAUGACGCAAAGGCCGACAUCUGGUCGUUGGGCAUCACGGCGAUCGAGUUAGCCAAGGGGGAGCCACCUCACUCGGACCUUCACCCCAUGAGAGUGCUGUUCUUGAUCCCCAAGAGCAAUCCACCCACGCUGGAGGGCAACUACAGUAAGACCUUCAAGGACUUCGUGGACGCUUGUCUCAACAAAGAUCCCGCUUUUAGGCCAACAGCCAAGGAGCUGCUCAAGCACAAGUUUCUCAAGAAUGCCAAGAAGACGUCGCAUCUGACCGAGCUUAUAGAUCGGUUCAAACGGUGGAAGGCCGAAGGCAACGAGUCUGACUCGGACUCCGACUCAGACCAUGGUGAUGAAAGGUUAGGCAUGCAGAAUGACGACGAUCCUGGCUGGAGGUUUGACACCGUCCGAGGUAACCCCAACGCCCCGCACGUCAGCAACGACGUGCACGUUGAGGAGCGGGAGGUUCCCGUCCAGCGACAACCCAAGUCAGAAGCGAUCCACUCCAUACUGGAGCCUCUACUUAAAAACCUCAAGAGAAAAUACGACGGUACUGCAUCGAUAGACCAGCUGACGAAUGCAUUUGAUCUAUCGGAGGAGUCGUUUCCCGGUAUUUGUGACCGGUUAGUCCAAAAGGUUGUCACCAGAGUACGAGAAAACAGCUCCCUGUCGUCAACCUCAAAAUCCAAAUAAAAAAAAGUACUUGCAACAUUGGCACGCCAUACUCUGGCAGGUGCCGCAAUGACUGUAGGACAAUUCUGAGAGGUGUGGCUCUCCAUACAUCAGCAGGCGGUACAAAAAAAGAAUGUAUAUAUAAUACAAGUGCGAUGGAUACUAGCUGUAUCUAUGGACAAAAUAAAACUUUAUGUACACGGUUGUGGAAUUACUGUGUCUGGAAACAGUAAACAAAAUGAUAUGGCGACACUGUUCAUCGGAAAAGUGUGACUGGGGCAAACUCUACGGAGAGAUUCCGAGUUCAACUGAGAUGAUUUGUUGAUUUCCUACUUUCGACGCCUUUAAGUAAAAUGUGCCUCCUAACAUCCACCCAGUUUGUGACGACUCUUAAGAUUUAAAAAACGGAACGAAAUGAAACAAGUGAGACGUGAACAAAAGCUUUCGCUGAUUUCAGUUUCUGCUCCUUCUCCUGCCGAAGGAGACCAUUGAUUUCCUUGAGGAGUAUUUGAAGGACGUCUUCAUCCCAUCUGUUCCUGAGAUGGCACGUUUGUUACAUCCGAGAACGAACUUGUGUGCGUGAUUGCGUGAUUAUGCCCAUGGCACAACAUGACCGACAGAGGGCGCUGUGAUGCUGGGACUACUAAAACAUCAUUUCAUGCACAAAUGUGAUCUGUAGUACCUUGGAAUGUUUUUAACUUUUAUUUGGAGAUACACUGUAGAUGUUAAGUUUCAGAGAUUUAUCGUAUUGAAAAUUGAGUUGACCACCAUGUGACCACCACGUGAUACCAUGUGACUAUCGUGUGACCACCGUGUGACCCCCAUGUGACCAUUCAGGGCAGCAGAUUUUGUUUUCCAAUUGUUACUGUCGUAGAGCAGCAAAGUUACGCAACCUUAGUGGCAGCGCGGAGCCAGCACUGCAACCAUCUUUGGCUUGAGCCACAGCUAUUGCAGUCAUUGACUACCAUGACUACGGCUUCCAGUCGCAUCAGGAACCUGUGUUGUUGUCCCACAGCCACAGCCAUAAAAUGCCCAUCUCGGAUCCGCUGCAGGAUGAAAUCUGAUGAAAAUAGACUGGUUCUUGGAUGCCACGCCCAGCUCUGUGGUGAAAAACUGCACACACUGUGGGAACCACACCGAAAGAAGGCUGCAGUCUGACCAGACUGUAUGUGAUAUAUAAGUUGCAUUUUUUUAGGGUCUUGUAAAUUAUUCAACAAAAAGAGUACACCUAAAAUAAAAUAAAAACCUGUAAUAAGUCGAUGUGUGCUGUAUGGUAGUAUUGAAGCACACGUGUAUGCAUACACUAAUAUAUAUUGGUAUUUUUUAGAAUUAUUAUUUUGUUUUUGGUUUACGCAUAUGCUUAUCAACAAGUUACUCAAUUUAAGGGUGGUUUGUAGUGGACAUGGUGGAACUAUAUUUGAUAUCACCAUUCAGUUUUUAGAGUAUGAUUUACGUUCAGCCUUGACUAUAUCAACUUUGUAGACAACGAGUAAAAAUUUCAAAUAAACAUAACGGGGAGAUUGAGAGAAAUUUUUUUUUAAUUGUACUCAGAGAAGACGUAUUUGUAUAUGUAUUUAUUUUUUAACCAUAUCGCAACAUGUACCAGUGUGUUCAUGUGGAGACGUAUUAACCCAAGAUACAUAUCAGUUAUGGUUUAAAUUUUAAAAGUCAAUCGGUAUCCAUGAAAUGCAAGUGUGAGAAAAAAAAUGUUAGCAUAUUCAGAAAAUAGUUUCCAGGAAUUACUCUUUGUUGUGCUGGUGAAGUCAAAAACAUGUCCUGAAACAGAAACAUAAAUAUGUGAAAUAUUUGGUUGUUGAAUGAGUUUGCAGGCCAAUUU